ACAAAAUUUAAUAGAUGAGAAGGAACUAAAAGUUUUCAAUCAUAGACUGGCAACCAGAAAUAGUAAGGAAAGUACCCAGAACUUUCCCUUCAGUUAAUUAUUUUUUGAUUUACCCAAACUGAUAUAGUGUCUCAAUUAAAACCCAUUGGCCUAUUAACGUUUUAAUUUGUAAUCUUAAUUUUGGAGGUAUAAUAAAGAAAUCUCUUUAUUACUAGGGUCUGUCUUGUCUUUUAUAGGAAUCAAGCAUGAUGGAACUAUGUGUGAUACUUGUCGCCAACAGCCAAUCAUUGGGAUUCGAUGGAAAUGUGCAGAAUGUACAAAUUAUGACUUGUGCACAGUCUGUUAUCAUGGGGACAAACAUCAUUUGAGACAUCGUUUUUACAGAAUAACCACACCAGGAAGUGAAAGGGUACUAUUAGAGUCUCGUCGUAAAUCAAAAAAAAUCACAGCAAGAGGAAUCUUUGCAGGUGCCAGGGUUGUACGUGGAGUUGAUUGGCAGUGGGAAGAUCAAGAUGGUGGCAAUGGACGUAGGGGGAAGGUAACUGAAAUCCAGGACUGGAGUGCAUCAAGCCCCCACAGUGCAGCAUAUGUUCUUUGGGACAAUGGAGCUAAAAACCUUUACAGGGUUGGCUUUGAGGGCAUGUCUGAUCUGAAAUGUGUCCAAGAUGCCAAGGGAGGCUCUUUCUACAGGGACCACUGCCCCGUGUUAGGUGAGCAAAAUGGUAACAGGAAUCCUGGUGGGUUGCAGAUUGGUGAUCUAGUUAACAUUGACCUUGAUUUAGAAAUUGUACAGUCUUUGCAACAUGGUCAUGGGGGAUGGACCGAUGGCAUGUUUGAGACCUUAACCACCACUGGCACAGUUUGUGGCAUUGAUGAGGAUCAUGACAUUGUAGUACAGUAUCCAAGUGGCAACAGAUGGACAUUUAAUCCAGCUGUUCUCACUAAAGCCAAUGUCGUCCGGAGUGGAGAUGCUGCUCAAGGUGCAGAGGGAGGUACCUCACAGUUUCAAGUGGGUGAUCUUGUUCAAGUUUGUUAUGAUUUAGAAAGAAUCAAGCUGCUUCAAAGAGGUCAUGGAGAAUGGGCUGAAGCAAUGCUUCCUACUUUGGGCAAAGUUGGUCUGGUUCAGCAGAUUUAUUCAGACAGUGACUUAAAGGUAGAAGUUUGCGGGACAUCUUGGACCUACAAUCCAGCAGCUGUCUCCAAAGUGGCAUCAGCGGGGUCUGCAAUAAGCAAUGCAUCUGGUGAGAGAUUGUCCCAGCUGUUGAAGAAGCUGUUUGAAACCCAAGAAUCUGGAGAUCUCAAUGAAGAAUUGGUUAAAGCUGCUGCUAAUGGAGAUGUAGCAAAAGUGGAAGAUCUGCUAAAGAGACCGGAUGUGGAUGUGAAUGGACAGUGUGCUGGACACACAGCUAUGCAAGCAGCUAGUCAAAAUGGACAUGUCGACAUUUUAAAAUUGCUUCUGAAACAGAAUGUAGAUGUGGAAGCAGAGGACAAAGAUGGAGACAGAGCUGUUCACCAUGCAGCAUUUGGAGAUGAAGGUGCUGUGAUUGAGGUUUUGCACAGAGGCAGUGCAGAUCUGAAUGCUCGAAACAAGCGCAGACAGACUCCGCUCCACAUUGCUGUUAAUAAAGGUCAUCUGCAAGUUGUGAAGACUUUACUGGACUUCGGCUGCCACCCUAGUCUACAGGAUUCUGAAGGGGAUACUCCACUCCAUGAUGCUAUAAGUAAAAAGCGUGAUGACAUCCUGGCUGUACUGUUGGAGGCUGGAGCAGAUGUAACUAUUACAAACAACAAUGGAUUUAAUGCUCUCCAUCAUGCUGCACUAAGGGGGAAUCCCAGUGCAAUGCGUGUGUUGCUGUCCAAAUUGCCACGACCAUGGAUUGUAGAUGAAAAGAAAGAUGAUGGUUACACUGCCUUACAUCUGGCAGCACUAAAUAAUCAUGUAGAAGUGGCUGAACUUUUGGUGCAUCAGGGCAGUGCUAAUCUGGAUAUCCAGAAUGUGAACCAGCAAACUGCACUGCAUCUUGCCGUUGAACGACAACAUACGCAAAUAGUUAGGCUUUUAGUCCGUGCAGGUGCUAAACUGGAUAUUCAGGAUAAAGAUGGGGAUACUCCCUUGCAUGAAGCCCUGAGACAUCAUACUCUGUCACAGCUUCGCCAGCUCCAAGACAUGCAAGAUGUGGGCAAGGUAGAUACUGCUUGGGAGCCAUCAAAGAACACAUUAAUAAUGGGACUUGGCACACAGGGAGGAGAGAAGAAGAGCGCAGCGUCUAUUGCCUGUUUCCUGGCAGCCAAUGGAGCUGAUCUCAGUAUUCGUAACAAGAAGGGACAGUCUCCUCUUGACCUCUGUCCUGAUCCUAGCCUCUGCAAAGCACUGGCUAAAUGUCACAAAGAAAAAGUCAGUGGUCAGGUUGGCUCCCGAAGUCCUUCUAUGAUUAGCAAUGACUCAGAAACGUUAGAAGAAUGUAUGGUAUGUUCAGAUAUGAAGAGAGACACUUUAUUUGGCCCAUGUGGACACAUUGCCACCUGUUCUCUGUGUUCCCCAAGGGUCAAGAAAUGCCUCAUCUGUAAAGAACAAGUUCAGUCCAGAACAAAGAUUGAAGAAUGUGUAGUCUGUUCAGACAAAAAGGCAGCAGUACUCUUCCAACCUUGUGGUCACAUGUGUGCUUGCGAGAACUGUGCAAGCCUGAUGAAGAAGUGUGUUCAGUGUCGUGCAGUGGUUGAGAGGAGAGUGCCUUUCAUUAUGUGCUGCGGUGGGAAAGGUACAGAAGAUACCACUGAUGAUAUUUCGAGUGGAAACAUUCCAGUUUUACAGAAAGACAAGGACAACACCAAUGUUAAUGCAGAUGUACAGAAGCUUCAACAACAGUUACAAGAUAUCAAAGAACAGAUGGAAAGGAGCCUUACAACUAAUAAGGAUAGCCUUGGAAGGCAGGCAAGAAGACUUACCACUCCUAGACUGUUAUUUAAAACUGCUACUAUGUGGAAACCAUGUGCCCUGUGUGUUUGGAUCGUCUGAAGAACAUGAUUUUCCUCUGCGGUCAUGGAACGUGUCAGCUUUGUGGAGACCGAAUGAGUGAAUGCCCUAUAUGCCGCAAGGCUAUUGAACGAAGAAUCCUUUUGUAUUGAGUAAUAAAACAAGUGUCCUCUGUUAGUUUCUUCAGUUCUUAGUAUGUUUUGCUCGUCAAAUCUCCGUAAGCUUUGAAAGGCUGUUGAAGGUUCUAACAAAUAUACAUUUCUUAUAAAGCAGCAUGUGUAAUUGCUUAAAGACUGUGAAUGCACCAAAAAGACUUUGGUGUAUUCUUUUGCACCAAACAGUAUUUGAACAGUUAGCUGGUAGUUGUACUGUUAGGAGACACUUAAGCUUAGGCUAACCUAAUAAAGCAGUCUUUUCCCCCUUAAAGUUCCAAGUGUUAAGGGACAAUCUUGAUUUCUGUUUUUGUAUCUUUAAAAUUUUCUAUUUAUGUGUAAACUCUGUCUGCCAGCAAGUGAUGUACUUUUUAUACUGUCACUUGCUUUCAAAUAUAGAUUUUUAGUUUUCACAUCUUCAGUGUAUGCUCAGUUGUCAAAUGACCUCACAGUAAUUUUGUCUUGAAAGGUACAGUAGUGCAAAAUCAGCACAAAGUAUUCAAAGUAAUACUCAAUACCAUACAGUUCCUAUAAGAUCGGGCAUUAGACAAUAACCCCAGGAUAACUUUUUAAUGUGCCUUGUUCAGCUAUAUGUGGAUUCAGAUUAAUGUCUAGAAUUAAUAAAAGGAAGUAAAUUUACAAAGGUUGUGUUCCCAACAUUAUACUUCAGUUUUACAGGAUCAAGUUAAAUUAAAGUAGAAAUUUUAAUCCAUUUAGCAAAAUAAUUAAUAUGUAAAAUUAUUUUUCAAAUACCCUGAAAAGAAGAGCAAUCACACCAUUAGACAUUUUAUUAGUUUUACACCUUAAAAUAGAAAUGUUUAAAAUAUAGCCGCUAUGGCCACUGAACAAUUUUGGGUCUUGUGAUUUUAAGAAUCUGGGUGAUACAGUUUUACCUUUGGUUCUGUUGAAAAAUCCUAAAUGUGUUUUAAAGACUUUUCUGUUGCAGAUUUUGUAUUCCUUAAACAAAAUAAUGGAUGUUUGCUCUAUUAAGUCAGCCUUCAAAAAAUUGUCUCUAGGCAACAGUAGCAGCUGUACUGUACUGUACAGCAGCAAAGGAGAUGAAUUUUAUGUCUGUUCAUCUCAGUCAGGUAUUAACUUCAGAACCCAGUUGGGACCAUUUAGUAGCUAAUAUUGUUAAGUUGGUGUUGACAGGUCUUUGGGUUUUAGGAAACAUGGCUAGAAGGAUUGAAACUGGUUGUGGGAGUUAACUAUGAUUUAAGUGGCACUUAAAAAUCUGCUUGGUUCUUCGGAUACUACUGCCGGUAAUGCCUAAACACAGAGAGCUGCUCAAUAACAGUUGUGUUCUCCUGGAGAACGGGACCACAAGUCAAAUUUCAGAAAUGGAGUUAAAUUCAGAAUUUGUGCAACUAGUCGUGGCAAAUAUUUACUCCAAAGCACUUCAACAGUUGCUCUUACUGACUGAGCAAUAUGCAAUCAGUCCAUCUAGACCAGUGGUUCUCAACCUUUUUAGACUCAAAGCACCCCUUUCUCUCUCUUUUGACUACAGAAUUCUUUUGCUGCAAAGAAUUCAGAAAGACCACAGCAGGUCUCAGUGCAUUUUUAAUACUGUGGAUUCCUAUUUGAAAUCUCUGGGUUUACCUUAUGAAUAAUUUUUGCACGCCUAACAUUGCAUGGCACCCUUGACAGCAUCUUGUGACACCCUGCUUGAGAAUUACUAACCUAGAUGGUGAUAGGAAACUCUAGUGGUUUCUUGGAAAAUCAUGUGAUGAAAGACGAUAGCAAAAUUUCCCUCCAGCUUCUUUCUCAAUUUUAUACUCUUUUCAGUAGUUUUGCAAUGAAUAUCAAAAUCUUACUUUAAUCCAAAUCAGUAUUCAGUUUUCUGAUGUUAAGUCACUUCUUCCUAUGUGUUGCUAUAAUACAUAGAUUAUUUCUGGUCGGAUGAAAUAGUUCUCUCACGCUUGCUUCUUUUAGACCCUUUACUGUAAAAAGUUGCUCAUAAUUUCUAUAAGAAACAAUGUUUUGGUGACCAUUUUGUCUCAAAACUGAUUCUGAUUGCUUUAGCAGCAAAGAUUGGAAUUUGCUGCCCUGGCUAGAUAUAGGAUUUCUCAAAUUUGAGAGAAAUUUUAUUCUGUGCUCUUGAAUACCUACAGAAUCUCUGAUGCAAGGUAUUUUCCAAUUCUUAGGAAAAUGAUUUCAUAGUUCCUAGUGCUUUAUCUUCUUGUUAUUUGGCCUGAUUCUGUGACUUGUAAUCUACAGCAUUUCCCCUCAUGAUAGGAAAACUCUUUCCUUAUCCUUCCACCUUAAUAGACACAUUUUUUGAGCACUGGAUCCUUAUUUUUCAGAAAGUUUCCAUUAAAUCAGUAUAAAGACUGUCCGUUUAUCACUGCUUGGGAAAUGCAGAUCAAACUUGACACCCCCCACCAGUUAUAUUCAUUUGGUUAAUUUCUAUGCCAUAACAACUGAUAUUUUCCUAAAACUUAAGCCUUGGAGCAAGCCAAUAUUAUGACCAUUAUUUUUCAUGCAGUUUUCCACAUGAGUUAAACUCUGGGUGAAAUCUUAUCCUCUAUAGAAUUCAGAGAGUGUUUUUUCCUUCCUUGAAGUCGGUGAGUAUUUUGGCUUCAGUAGCAUCAGGAUUUCACUAACUGUGCUUUUUCUCUUCUGUCUGAUCUCAGAUUUUCUGGUUUUGUUUGAUUAAAUGUUAAUUUAGGAUCCAACUAAUACUUGAACAUGAUUCAACUGGGCAUUAGCUGUGUGUGUCACCUGGGUGAGAUUUUUUUUCUAGUGAACUAAAACAAAGCAUCCAGAAUAGAAAAUAGGAGGGAAAUUCUACCGGCGUUGCAGCUUCUUAGAGCGCAUAAGUUGCAUCCGAAGGUGAGAAGAAAUUUGUUACCCAUUUACUUUAUAUGUUUCAAUUCCACACUUGCUUUUAAAAGUAAAAAGAGCUGAAGGUGCUUUUCCUUAGAGCUUUACUUUCUACAUCCUUGGUUUGUCUUUGUUAUUACAACUUAAUAGAUCUAUUCAAUUUGUAUUCAUCCUUGGUAAACAGUGUUUUGUUCAGAUGGAAAUAAAAAAUACAUUUCAGAGAUUUAAUGUGAUAUUUUCAUGACAUUGAGCCUAAUAGUUUGGUUAGGAAUUUUAUUAAAUUAGUAGUUGUACAGCUUUGACUUGGUGUUUAAGAUGCUAACAUUGGAUUCUAGUUACAGGUCAACUGUUUCUUUAAAUCUGUAAAAUGGAAAUUUAAUUUAAAAUGACUUUUUAGUUAAGAAAGAAUAUCAUAAACAAUAUGAUAUAAAUCUGGUUAGAUUUACACCCUGCUUUCUGAUUGCAAUACAGAUUGAAGCUAAUUAUGUAGCUAGUACUGAAGAAAUCUGCUUUAUCAGACUGUUGCACAGUGUAUUCACACUCUUUAAUAAUAGUGUGUGUGCUAGCCAAUAUUUUCUGAAACGCUUGCAGGCUUCUUUUGGAUACCCUUUAUGUGGUAACCAGGAUGUCAAAAAAAAGAAGAAGAAAAAAGAAAAGAAAAGGUAAGACUCAAAAAGGUAGAUGGAAAAUUAUGGCAAGUAGGGAAAAAGAGGAGUGUGAGUGAGUGUUAUUGAGCAAAAGAUGACUUUUUUACCAAAACAGGGAACCAGAGUAAAAUCAGUAAAUAGUUGGCAUUAAUUUAAUGCACUUAUUUAAGAAGUUCAGGCAUCUUUUCAGGUUUUUCUUUCUUAGUCAUAGAACAAUUCCCCAAGUGUUAAAGUUGUUUUGGAAUUAAAUAUAUUGGAAGAACUUCUUCAAUUGUAUAUAUCUUGAUAUGAUGGUAAAGAGUGACAUUAUAGCUGUGAUGGUCCAGAAGUUAUAUGAGGCAAGGAUUUCUUAGGGUGGUAUCUUUUAUUGGACAGCUAUGUAACUGGGAUAGCUUUAACUUUAACUCUAUCUUAGCUACAUAGUUGGUCCAGUAAAAGAUACCCACCUAAGAAGUCCUUGCCUCCUGAAUGUCUUGAUACACUUUCACAAGUGCUUUAAAGUUAUAGUGUACCAAUUACAUGCAGAAUAUUCUAAAAGAUUUGCUUGAGCAUCUUCCUUCCCAUGUGUUAAGAGCAAAUUGAAGUUGGUUCUACACGCAUACUUUUAAAGGAAGCAUGAUGUCUUAAGUCCAAACUGAUGCAGUUUUUUAAUAAGCUAAUGAGCUUAAACACUUCAGAACUUCUUUAUGUUCCUGAUUGUAUAUUUAGAACAAAGUACCUUUCGGGCCCAUUGCCUUGUUCGUACCUCCUGCUAUAUAGUGAGUGCCAGUUUGAAGGCAUUUGGCACUUUUCAGGAUUUGGGCCAUUUAAUAUAUAUUUUCCUUUUUUUAAAACACUAAGUAGUUCUAGGUUACUUUAAACAGGAUCCCUUUGUUAAACUGGAAAGACAGUAAACUCAAGUUACUUUGUAAAUGUGAAAGUUCCUUUUAAAACUAGUUGAGUUCUAAACUUGAACUGUAUAGAGAUUACAGUGGAUUUUCACAAGUAAAAUGUUGUCAUUUUAGUUUUACAUUAACAAUUUUAAAUCUCAUUUUACAGACUUGUGAAAUUAGCUCUUAAAAAUCUGCUUUGACCUUGCUAUUUUUGUGUAGAUAGUUGGUAGAGAUUUCAUUUUACUAAUUUAUAUCUCAGUGUUAAUGAAAUUUUGCAGCAUAUAUAAACUAAUUUGUUGAAGAUGCUUUGAGUAUUUGGUCUCUGAACUCUGUAAUAUUAAAAAUUAAAUGUCAGACAUUUAAUUUUGCUCUUUUCAAUGGUAGCUAGGGAAUUGCAGAGCCUGGACCAUUCUUAGUGCUGAAUGGAUGAGUCUCAAGUUUUAACUUGUAAAACACUAAUGUUACGUUUAGUAACUACCUCCUUUUCUCUUAGAGAGUUAAGUUCUACAGUCUACACUAAUUCUUCUUUAUCUUUGGAAAGGGGUAGAAGAACACUACAGUUUUUGUUUUGCAUCAGUUUCGGUGCCUGAAUAAUGUCCUGAUGGGUUACUGCUCACUGUAUAAAUGAUCUACAGUAGAGAUAUGAUUGCCACAGUACUGUACGUUCCUGGGUUUUUUUUCCUUUUUCUAAGUUGCUGCAUUUCAUAUGCUAUUUUCUUCUACAUAAUACAUAAUUCAUUUUAUUCACAAAACAAAGUUUAUUGUCUAAAAAAGUUUGUGUGCCAUUUUCUAUAGCUAUAACUACAGCAAGUAUGAAAGUUCUGACUCAGGGCUUUUUAACAACUUAAACACGUUAACAAAUGUUCUCCAGUGCAUCUUGGAGAGUGUUAGAGUUUUAAUGAUUGUAUAGUGCCUUGGUAGAACUAUUGAAUGGGCAGCAGCCAUAGAAUCCUUGUGGAAUGCAAGUAUGCUUGAAUAAAAGUACUGAGUUAAUGCAGCAUACCUCCUGCAUUUGUGCCAUGUACUUACGUACUUGUAUUUCUACAAAGAAAAGUUAGCAGAUUUAGAUCUUGUUAGACUUUCUGCAAAUUGUUUGAUUACUGUACCCAGUAGAGCAAUUAUCAUUGGGGCCUGAGAGGUGAGUGGGACAGUAUUCAAAGUCCCACAAAUAGCAUUUGUGAGAGGGUGGAUAGCACAUUCUAUGUAACUAAGUUUUUAGUAUGAAGGGGAGAGAUCAUUUUAUAAACAGAUUUCUAGAAAAGUUAGUGUUAUAGGUCUGACCUAGUAAUUUUUUUUCUUAAAAAAACUCACAAAAUAAAACAAAAACAAAAUGAAUUAUAAGUCUGCAUGGCAUUUCCUAGUUAAGAAAGUACAAGUCUUACUUUGAGCUUCUAGGAAGAAUGUUCUUUGUCCUAAGCUUAGUUUCAUUAUGAAUGCAGCUGAUUCUGUAGUAGAACAUGGAUUUUUCCGAACCACAGCAAUGUGCUUUCCUUUUGUUUAAAAACAGCUUUGUAUUCAGUAAAAUGUAAGUGUUGAUAUGACUGUUUUAUUGGAUUAAAUUCAAAGUUGUGUGUGUGAAUGUAGUUGAUUUUUUUUUCUGUACUGAAAGUAGCUUACAUAAUUGCUUUGAUUUAAAAAUGCUUAGCAAGGCCUAAGCUUUUCAAAACAAAUGCUAAUGUAUCGUCUUGUUAAUAAAACUUAUUAUGUAA